AAAUGACUGGACGUAAUACAGUAGUCUCACAAGUUUUGCAAACAAGCAAAUGUGAGCUGCAUUCCUAGAGUCUUCAGGUACUGAAAGACAUCCAUAAGUGUUCAGCAGGACUUCUCCAUCAGUAUAUCUGGGUUGUUUAAUUUGAGGGAAAAGAUUUUACUCACAGGAUGCUGCCUGUUUCUCUGAUAUGUCUCCUGAUUCAGGUUGCUGUGACUUUCUUAGGACUGGCUCACUGCCAAACUACAACUGGACGGUUCAACACUCAACAGAAGGUGUUCCAGGAGGUGCUGGCUGUCCUGUCCACGGGAGGGGACUCUUUGGAUGAAAAUGGAGUCAACAAAUUUUUAAGUAUAUUUGAGAAACAUGUUUAUUGCCAUGGAGUGCCAUGUGGAAAAUGUAUAACACCUGAAGAUGUGUUUGGACUUAUUCAAGAUCAUCCAACCUCAACAAGGGUCCUAACCUCAGAGGAUCUCCCGCAGAUGUCAGCUGGACUCAUUUAUUACUUAACUGAUCCUACUGAUGUGUGUGAGGUUAUCAAAGCUGGUCAGUGGGCAGAGAAGACAGCCACCUUUGUAGAACAGUUUAUGAACAAUUCACUUAGUAAUGAAGAUGCUGACCAUGGGGAGGAGAGCACAUACAAUCAUCUGCAAGAGCAGUUACUACAUGUAUCGGAGCAUUACAAAGGCAAUGAAACAGAGCAGACCUGCCUGGACAUGCAUAACUUACUGGACGAGGGUGGCCUUGAACCUUCCAAUCUCACAAAAGCAGCCAUUUACCAAGUUUUCAGCAUCACUAUCUACCAUAUGCUGAGUGGCGACUGUAUCCACAUCCUCCCAGAGGCGCAUUUCUUCUUGGAUUUUAUCUUCCGACGGUUUGACAACGAGUCUAGAAAUAUGACAGUAGAAGACCUGAGAAUUUUGAUGCAACAUUUGAAGCUGGGCAGUUCUAACCAAGACCAUGACCAAGGCCACGAGCAUGAGCAUGAUCAUGAUCAUGCCGAUUACACUAACCAGGACCAUGGUGAAGACCAUGGCCAUGAUCAUGUUGAACACAUUGACCAUAGAAGAAAUGCUUUUGGGCAGUACAAUGGUGUUUUUGGAGACAGCCCUUCACAUAACACUGGCCUUACAGGAGUUGGGCUGCAACAAGAAAGUGAUCUACUGGGCAGUGGAAUUCUCCAAAUCAGAAAGAAACGCAGUACAGAUGAGCAUGAACGAGAGUCACACAAUCACCCUUGGGACAUGACCUGUUUCUCUGCAGAUGAACUAGUGGAAAUUUACCACAUUAGUAAUGAGAUGGGAAUUUCACGUACUGAGUUUACAGAGCUCUGCCCAGCCCUUAUUCAACAGUUACUGAGUAGGGCUUGCUCCAGAUCUAAGCCUGGAACACCAUCAAUCAGUGACAUCACAGUUGCAGAAAAGUAUAUCUAUGGUUCAAUUGCCACACUCAUUAUCUGUAUCUGUGCCCUGUGUGGUAUUGUCGUCCUGUUGUGUACUUCUUGUACCAGUGCCUAUGAGUACGUCAUUCAGUUUUUUGUUAGCCUGGCUGUGGGGUCCCUCACCGGAGAUGCCAUCCUUCACCUGAUACCUAUGUUUCUAGGACUGCAUGGACACUCUGAUGGUCCAGACAAUGAACAUCAUGACCACAGCUCAGAGGAUCAAACAUACAUCUGGAAAUUGUUAGCAGUUUUAGGUGGACUCUAUGCAUUUUUUCUUCUAGAAAAGAUGUUUGACAUUGCACUUGGUGACCAUGGAAAGAAAGCAGAGGAAGAAGCAGACGGCCAUCAUUGCCAUGAUUUGUCACUUCAGAAUUACGUCAACCUGAGGAAGAAGAGGAAGGAGCAAAACCAAAGUACUGCCACGUCCGAGGUUGACCUGGUACAGAUCGAGAAUGCUGAGGUUGCCAAUCAGAAUACAAAACACAAAAGCAGAGAACUAAGGAUGAUCCCAUACAUGAUCACGAUCGGUGAUGCGAUCCAUAACUUUGCUGAUGGACUAGCGAUAGGUGCAGCAUUCUCAAAAUCCUGGCAAACAGGACUUGGUACAUCAAUUGCUGUGUUCUGCCAUGAACUGCCCCAUGAACUAGGGGAUUUUGCAGCUCUGCUUCACGCAGGGCUGUCCAUUAAGAUGGCGCUGCUUCUUAACUUCGGCAGUGCACUGACAGCUUUCAUUGGGCUAUACAUUGCAUUGUCCAUCUCCGCAGAUGAAGUGGUGCAGCAAUGGAUAUUCACUGUCACUGCUGGACUUUUUCUUUAUGUAGCACUUGCAGAUAUGCUUCCUGCAAUGAUGAACAGCAAGCAAAACAGGCCAUGGCUCCUCUUUGCCCUGCAUAAUUUGGGACUACUGCUUGGAUGGGCUAUCCUUCUGUUGCUGUCCCUUUAUGAAGAUAACAUUGCUGUAUGAUGUCCACACAUGACAAAAGAGAAGAACUGUACUGUUUUGUUGACAUCCCUGAGUAAUCAGGGCAAUAAAGAAUCUUGACUGCAAAUCAGCUAGUGUUUGCAAACUCAGGAAAAUACCUAUUCAUUUGGGUUGCCAGAUACAGAGUGGUACAAUCGUCCUCAAUAAGCCACAGCAGAUGAUGAUCAGAAAGUCAGGACAUGUACGCUACAGAUAUGGGCUGUCAUAAUCUCCCUCACAUAAAAUAGGGAUGCAGGGUAAUUUUGAUUUCCUUUAAGAUUGGGAGAAAGAACAUGUUUGUUUUCAUCCAGCAUCAAUAUAUAGAUUAUGUUCAUGUCAAUUAUUUUCACCAGAUGUUAUGCGUAUGUCCUCAUCGUCAGUGUUUUUAUGUUAUUGCUCUUCCAGCAUAACGUUUUAGCCCUUGUAUCCCUUAAUGUCUUAUGCGCUUCUUUUUGUGGUUUGCCAUCUUUGGAAAAAUGCUGUGUUUUUCUACUUUCUCUUGGUUUUAUAGUGCCCUACCCAAUAAAGUAGAUGUCAUCCAGUUCUUCUUUUUACCCCAGUUUGCUAGUGUAGUGACAUUUAUGGCAUACAUUGUGGGUACUUCUGUUCCUAUUUUUCUAACAGCUAUGUAAUAUAUCUGUUCUCUGUACUGGUAAAAGCACUCUUGAUGCUUGAUGUUAUAGCAGCCUAUCCACUGACACAAUGGCAUGUGUUUGUCUGUUUCUAGUAUUACACUAAACUAUGUUUCCAUAUGAUACUACAUUUCCCAGACAUAUCCCAGUGAAUUCAUUCAUAACACAAUCUGCACAGCUGACAUUACAGUACAGGUGUACCUCAUACAAUGCCACACAAUAAAAUCAGUUGUGCCAUGCCCUUGUUUGGGUAUUGAUCAUAUAAAUGAAUGAGAUGGCAAAAAGAGCAAGGAGUGCUUAUUUAUUCAAUAUUUCCUUGCAUGGUAAUUGAUAAAGUGGCCUGUCCAAAUGCUGGCCAACUUCAGCUAUCGUCAAUCAAAUACAAGGAAAACACACACAAAGAACAGAACAUUGCUACAGCGCUAUGUAAUAUGACAGAAUGCCAUAAAGUUAUAAAUGCAAUGUAAGCUAAAGACAACAGUAAUUUGUCCAGCCUCAUAAUACAUAACAUAACAUAAGGGAAUACAUAGUGUUAAAUAUUGGUUACCAGCCCUAGAUGAGGAGACAGUCUUAUUUGUACACCACUGUAGAUAAAAGAUGUGACUAGAUAAUACAAAUCAUUAAUUUUCUUAGUAAAAUUGCAAGUGCUAACCUAGAUUUAAAGUACUCUUCCUAAUUUAAGCGCAAGAAUAACUUUGGUGAGAUUUCUUUUAAAUGCAACUUCUGUUUUAGAAAUGGUCACAGAUAACUGUUUACCCAUUUCAGCUGUCAAUGCUUAUGUUUAAUUCUUGCUGAGUGCACCAAAAUGCCAGUGCCAAAUUUGAUUGUAAAAUAUGAAUACGGUCAUGUUCACAACUGCACCUUAUCACAUUCUGGUCAUGUUCACAACUGCACCUUAUCACAUUCUACUGUGGUCCAGUUGAUUGAAGUUCCAUUCAGUGAGAAAGUUUUUGGAACGUUUUCCUUACUGACUUUUUUUUUAUCACAGAAGGAUGCUUGACUGUACGUGAAUGGCUGCUGCCAAACUUUUAUGUGGGUAAAGAUCUCCUGAAAUAAAAUAUAACCAGUUUUGAUAUCUUUAACAACUUGGAUUAUAUUAUAUUUCUUUGCACAGUCCUUUCAGUAACUAAAAACAUUUGUUGAGUAUGAUCUGAGAACUAACUAGUGCUUUUUCUAAAUUUGUUUUGAAUAAUUUCUGUGCUUCCCAUUUUAGCCUCAGAGCUGCUUGUUAACACAGUGAUAUUAUGCAUAUUAACUGCUUUUAUACUAUACCCAUAUUUUCCACUAGCAAAUUACAUGGUGACAUAUUUUCCUCCUGACAUUAUUCUGUACCUCCCAAUCUCUGUGGGUUCACACUAUGACAUUCCUACCCAGUGAUAAUAUUCCAUACCUACACGUCUUACUAUUGACAGUCGUCAGUUUCAUCUUUAAAUCAUAAUUCUAUAUCUUCCAUCUUUAAAUCAUAACUCCAUGUCCACCAACCCCCCCCCCCUUUAUUUAUUUGCAGCUACAGUGAUUUGCCUCACUUACUGCUGACACCAUGCUAUUUUGUCACUCUUUUGCAAUUCAUGAAAAUAUGACCCUUUACCUCUUUAGGGUGAGAAUACACUCUGCUCCUACAAUAUGAUACAAUCAUUAACAGUCAUAGCUGAGCAAGAAUUGUUCUUGAUUUCUUCAUCAAGUAAUGAUGCAGCACAAUUCUUAGACAUUUAUUUCUUUGGACUCUGUGCUUCAGGACCAAUGGUUACUAUUAAAUCUCAGUAUCUCUCCCCCCUAGUGACCAAUGUGAAGUAUAUGGAGCUCCAGUCUUGAGGCAAUCUAGAAGGAUCCACACCUGUUCCAAGUGGAGGAGCCCAAGUCUCUCCAUCCUAUAAAAGAAAUGGUUGCAUACAGAUAGAGCCAUAGAGACUAGAGCCUGGGCUAGAGAAACAAACAGUCUGGGGUCUGUUGAGAGAGACCAAGACCAAGACACAUGAGCAUUACAUGCAGAGACAGAACCAGAGAAAGGAUCAGGCAAAGGAGUGAGAGCAGAUUAGAAGGGAGCCUGAGCUGAGAAUUUGGAAAGGAAAAGGCUGGAAGGGUGGAAAAGAAGCCAAAACUGAAACUUACCAAUCAAAAGUGAGUCCUUUGAACAGCAGAUAGCUUAGCAUGGUACAAAAUUGACUGUGAAGAUAAAUAAAAUAAGAGUUUUGUUUUUUUUAAUAUUAA